UUCACGCACGUCGGCGAUUUUUUGUUGUUUACUGGUUUGAACAAAUAUUCCUAUAUCAUUCACAAAACUUCAUAUCUUCAUUCAUGCAUGUUUAUUAAUUUUUAUCGAAAGCGAAUUAAUCAUGGAUAAUAUCACGACAUCAUUAUUAUUUGAGGCGCUAAACUUCACCACUUCAGAAUGGCCAUUAGAUAUUGUAAUGAACAGUAGUAUUAAUCAAGAAAGAGAUUCUAUGUCACUGAUACUAGAGCCUUUGGCAUUGAUAUCGAAACAUGGUAAAAUACAUCAUCAUAGUACACAUCCUGUAACGUUAUCAACUGAAUGGUCGCGACUUGCUAGACUUAUAUUCCUUACACUACUGUCGGUUAUUGGCAGUGUAGGCAAUAUUUUUAUGAUAUCAGCGGUCAUGGUUGAGGAUCAUUUAAAAAAAGCAGGCAAUAGUCUCGUAGUAAAUAUUGGACUAACAGAUCUAAUAGUAACCAUCGUAGUUAUUCCCAUUUCAAUCGUCAGUUUACUUGCAAUGAAUAAAGACGAAGAAGAAACUCCAUUAUCAGUUUGCAAAUUUCAAUGGUUUUUAGCUGCUUGUGCAUUUUUGGUUAGCGUAUUAACUUUGGCUGUGACAUCGAUUGAAAACUACAUGAGAUUAUGCACAACACAGGAUGGAACGCAGCAGUGGUUUUCUCGUUCCAAUGUGACCGCAAUUAUACUCCUAAUAUGGUUCAUUGGAUGUGUGGCGUCAGGACUACAAUAUGUUUCUGAAGUAAGCUUCGAUUAUUGUAAAAGAAAUAAAAAUAGCAACAAAACUUUACUGCCAUUUGAGACAGGCGUUAUCGCUACACUCAUUUUAUUGCCAUUACUGAUUACAUUCCUCGUUCACAUUCGAAUAAUAAUUGAUGCGAAAAAGUUCAUGAGUCAACCAAGCUUUAAAGCAACUGCAAUGUACAAAUCUGACUUUUCCCUCGUGCGAAGUAAUUUCUAUAGCUUCCUAACAUUUGUAUUAUUUUGGCUGCCAUUUAGCAUUGCAUUUGCAAUAUCAGUAACGACAUCACCGAAGAACAUAAAUGACAAGGUCUUUUAUUAUACAUCUUGGAUGGGAUUGUUGAAAUCGUGCUUUCACAAUAUCAUUUAUUGCAUCACAAAUCGACAUUUUCGUAAUGCGUAUUUCAAUUUAUUUAAUUACUGUUGCUGUAAAACCACUGUCUCUACUGCUCGUCGAAGACAGCAAGAUGUAACGAGAUCAGAUGUUCGUGUACAUAUAAUUCCUGGAUAUAAUAUGUAUUCAUAUACGAGUCCACAACGAGCAACACAUGGACACUCAUGGGCAAAGCGUGAUUGUCAUGAAUUAUGAUCUGAGAUUUAGUUUUCCAAAAUUUAAGUUUAUUUUGCUGCUUAUUCUUAUGUGUAGAUACGUGUAUAAACAAAAUACAUCAUAGCAUGCACACGAACGCAUAUAAAUAGCAAGUUUUAAAUUAAAUUUAAUGUUUGACUAUAUGAUUUCAUCAAUAUGGUGGCAGAAAUUGUGUGCUGUAGCUAAAACUAAAGUGUAUGUCCAUGUUCAGAAGAAUCGAGAAAAAAAUUAACUUUCAUAAUUGUGGUAUAACUAGGGUUACCAUCUAAUAGACUUUUCCAUGAAUGUAAUGUUUUUUUUUUUGAGAUUUUUCCUGUGUUCUAUUUUGUCCUGUUUUCUUUAAGAAACAAUUUAAAUUGUGUUUUCUUCUGCCAAAGAAUUUAAAAUUGUUUAAUAUUCUACAUAAAACUUAAAUUUUGCAAAUUUUCCGAAUUUAAUUCUACGGUUUGAAAAAUUUUAUUUUUGAAAGCAAGGACAAGAGCAAUUUACACAAUAGAAAAAAGGAUGCUGGGUUAUAAAUCCAGAUACAAAAAUCUUGCACAGAAAAUUAUCAGUCCAGAAAAUUAAAGGUUUUUAAGUUUAAGGUUUUUAAAGACCUUUAGUGACUUUUAUUAUCUAGACUUAUAAUCUCUGGAAUUAUAGUUUCUGGACUUAUAAUCCAGCAUUAGAAAAAAUAAAUUAUUAAUACAAUAGAUGUACCACAAAAAUAGACUUUCAGCAAUAGAAAUUGUACCUUGUAGAAAUUUUUUAUAAAAAGAACAGAGCAUAAAUAGUUGCUCCAGAAUGCACUGAAAGAGAAAAAAAUUAGUUGUUUGUUUUCAAAGGUCAAACCAUGAAUGCAUAGUCCUUCAUGAAUCCAAAAAUACACAAAACACGCAUAAUCAUAAUUAUGUAUAAUUUCAAUCAGCAAAAUUUG